AUGACUACGCCAGGCCUCAUCGAGUUGGAGCAGCGAAAUCGCCUCCCUACGCUCUUCGAGGUCCUGAGCCGUCGGACUCUCGCUCCGGUCGACCUCUUCUCUUUCUACAUAUACAUGCGGGAUCAACAGCGGUCUGUGGACUAUCUGGACUUUUGGCUCGAUGUUUCCCAACACAUGUCCUUGUGUCGUCACUAUGUUCGAGAAUUACGCCGUUCGGUCUUGGUAGCAACGCCCGAUCUUGAGAAAGCUGAGAGCAAGGGAUCAUCAACUCCGUUGGAGCAAUUCGAGGGCGUGAAUGACAUACCGCUGGUGGAGGCGGGGCCCUCUGGCCUUCGCCAUGGCCUCCGCGACUUGGACGAGAGGGACGCCGACCAGAGACUGUCGGCUUUCCUUCGCUCAGACGGACACUCUUCCAAGCACUCUCCACAGAGCAGUCUCGGCUCACAACAAGCUGCUUCUCGUACCAUGUCGAACGAGCAACAAUCCCGGCCAAGUUUCACCAAAAACGAAUCCAACUCUCCUGGUCACACCGUCGCACGCGCGGAUAUCCGCGCCAGCGCUGAAAAGAUUCUAUACACGUAUCUGCUCCCGGGUGCAGAGAGAGAAAUUGUGUUGCCUGAGGACAUGGUGUCUACGAUUAUCAACUUGGUGGAAGACGAUGGACGAGACGAUCCGGAAGUAUUCGACCCGGCUAAGGACUAUGUUUUUCAAGCGAUGGAGCGCGAUGCCUUCCCAGGGUUUUUGCAGGCGAAAGCCCUGGGUAAUCUUGUCCCACUAUCAAUAAUGGCACGGCUGGCGUUUGCCCUCAUCAGCUUCGGUGGAGGAUUCUGGGGUGCUUUUUACGUCGUUUUGCGUGAUAAGCCAAGGCACAUUCGUUGCUGGAUUAUCUUACCUUUCGUCAUUGCGUCUUACUUCAUCGUCUCUUACCAGUACAAGAUCGACCCCGUUAUGGCCUUCUUGGGUUACAGCGAGUAUACCUUUAUGAACUGGUCACCAAUCCGUGAACCCUACGUCCGGAAACUCCUAGUCAAACGAGCCACUGCUACGGUCUUAAUUGCGGCCAUCGUCGCCGCUGCGUUGAGCAUCCUAUUCAUUCUCGUUCCCGGUACAAUGCUUUAA